GGCGCUCGGGAGCCCCGAGGGAACCAGGCGGGAGCGCGCAGCCGAGCCCGGGCACGGGAUGACAGCCCUCGGCGUGCAGAUGCGGUGACCGAGGCUCAGGUGAAGUAACCCGCCCGUGGCGGCCAGCUCAGCGACAGAAUCGAGUCGAACCAGACUUCUGGGCCCGAACAGGAGAGACUCCACCCACAGGCCGCGCCCCCAGCCCCUUGUGGCCGGGACACCGCAACCCUAGAGCCGGAUGCAGCGAGUUCCUCUCGUGCUGGGCAUAAUCUGGGGUCCCGGCCGGGCCGCCUCCGGGACCGGCAGUGAGGAGGGUGGGAGCGGGUGCGGUCCCGCCUUCGGGAGCCGACGGCCCUGCGGGGGAGAGACGUGCACACCGGGAUUUCGGAGCGGUUUGGGGGAAGCGAGUGCUAGAUUAAGAGGCGAACAAACUGCGGCAGGAUUAACGGGGGUGGGGAGGGGCAGGAGAGUAGCCAGUGGAGACAGUCCAGGCCCUAAGAGAUUAAAGUGAUUUGCCCAAGGUCACAGAGCUAGAGGCUGGUGGGUCAGCGGCAGGGCUAGACUGCCCUCAUACCUUCUGGUCCACGGACCUUCCACUGACCACGCUGAUGCCCAGCUGCCCUCCGGGAGAGGAUUUCAGGCCCUGGAUCACUGCAAGUUCACAGAGGGAUCACUAACUCCUGCUACAAAAUGCAACUGCGGAACCGUAGAUGAGAAAAUAAGGGCCAAGGAGGUUAAGAAACCGCGCAAAGACAAACACCUUUAUGGCCCAGAAGUUGCUGGCCCAAAGGAGGCCCCGCCGGUCCUUCUCUGACCCCUCCAUCCGGGCGCUCAUUAUCUUGUGCGCCUCCCUGGCCGUGGUCCUCUCCUCCAUCUCCAUCUGUGAUGGCUACUGGCUCCUGGCCGACGACCGCCUCUUCGGGCUGUGGCACUUCUGCACCACCUCCAACCAGGCUGAGCUGCACUGCCUCCGAGACCUGAGGCAGGCCCACGUGCCCGGGCUAGCCUCGGGCAUGGCUGUGGCCCGCAGCGUGGCCACCUUGGCCGUGGUGGUCGCCAUCUUUGGCCUGGAGCUCCUCAUGGUGUCCCAGGUGUCCGAGGACCCCCGCUCGUGGCACAGGUGGGCCGUGGGCUCCGCCCUCUUCCUCCUCGCGUUCAUCCUCUCCUUCGGGGGCCUCCUGAGCUUCCUGACCCUCCUCAGGAACCAGGUCACGCUCAUGGGCCUCACGCUGACGUUCUGGAGCGAGUUCACGGCCUCCUUCCUCUUCUUCCUGAGCGCCGUCAGCGGCCUCCACGUCAACAGCAUCAGCCGUACUGACAGCGUCACGCACCCCUGGGGCCUGCCCGCAGAAUUUUAGGCCCCCCUGCGAGGACACUGAGUUCUACCAGCAAGUGGGGUCACGAUGGGACUUCUCCAACAUGGGACAUUCAAACUGCCGCCUCUUGGCCUUGGGGUGGUCGGGCCAGUGGCCUUCGCAGCCCAGAGGCCAGGUGGGUGCCUCCGAGCCAGCAGCUGCACCAGCUUAGCCACGUUAUUAGGAUGUUGAUUUUACAAGAAGAAACAUAUUUUAAAACCUU